AUGAGGGGGAUCCUUUUCCUGGGAGCCAUGGCGCUUGCGAGCGCGAAGGCGGCCGACAAUGCGUGCUCCCGUAUGUACGUUCGCGGGGCCUGUUACCAGGCAGUUGCGGCGUGGAAUCCAGGAAAGAAUGUGAAUCUGGACGUCUCGGGGGGCAGGGAAACAUGGCCAGUCGAGAUACAGGUUUGCGAAGACGCAGAGGCUGUCACGGCCGCGUUGGCUUGUCGUGUUGAAGGGGCCGUGAAGAGAGCGGAUGAAUCUGGGCCAUCAUCAAGGGCCUCGUCAAAGGCUUCAUACUGGAGUCGAUCAUUUCCAAGGGCUCCAGGCUCGCCCACUUUCGCAGGAUACUUCAACACCACAUCAUCACACAGCUCGGCUCCGCGCAAUUCGACCGGACCCUCGUUCAGAGCCGCCCUGUCUUCAAGCGACUCAACGCCACAUGCAGCUUCCCCCGGGGAAACAUCCUUGACUCAAGAUGCAAUUUUGUCUAAUACCACGGCGUCGAGAAACACACCAGCCGAGUCUAGUGGUGCCGUGUCCCCUAUUGUCCCCGUCUGGUCAAACACGUCGUCGUCCCAGGCGCCAAUUGUCAACCAGGCGCCGUACAAUAUCUCGGCUCCAGCAAGCGAUUCGACGUGGUCAAAUGGUACCGCAGCCCAGCCGUCGUCUUCUCAAUCAAAGCCAUCCAAGAACACCACCUGGAAUGAAUCGACAUUGUCAAAUGUCUCGGCAUCGUCAAGUGUCUCGCCAUGGUCAAGCAAUGCUUCCAGACGGCUUGGCUCCUCGGCCGGACCAUCUUUCGCGAAGCCUUCCUCCGAAGGUCAGGCCAGCGCACCAUCAUCCUUGGCCACGUUCCCUUCGUCCAGUAAAUCCAGCAACGCUCCCGCCACAUCCCAACCAGCGCCCUCGACGCGGCCGGCUUCAGCGCGACCUGCGUCGUCGGGAACCCCCCGGCCAGCAGAAAAAGUCGGCCCCUUCAAGUUCCUCGGGUGCUUUGGGUCUCCGCGCGGGUUUUCCGGCUUCCAAAGGGUGGCCACAAGCAGUGCCAUGAGCGUAGACUUGUGUGCCUCGAUCUGCCGUACACGAUUCCUGGGCGUCUACGACGAGGACUGCUUCUGCGGCGACAGCGUCGAACCAAGCAGCGGCAAAGUCGCGUCGGGCCAGUGCAACAAGCCUUGUCCGGGCAACAAGGACCAAAUAUGCGGCGGCCGAGCAGCACUCGGUCGUCGUGACGAGAUGCCCUCUGAUGUCCUGCUCUCCAUCUACGAGCGUGAGGACGACAGCCCCAGCCCGGCACUCGAGGUGGUGACCAGCACUCAGGUCAUGACCAUCACGUCCUGCCCGCCCUCGGUCACAGACUGUCCCGUGGGCCAGGAGACGACCAAGACUUGGACCACCACGGAACAGCAGCAGCAGCAGCAGCAGCAGCAGCAUCAGCAACAUCACCAUCAGCAGCAGGGCCCGUCCGAGUGGCUCACCAAGGUCGUCGUCUGCUACGGCGACUACUGCGUGCGCGGCCAGCCAUGCGACGAGUGCGCACCCGUCCGCGUAGUCUUCGACGGCACCAAGUACCAGUGCGAGACGUCGCCCGAUGCCAACCCGCACAGGCUGGUCCGUUGCGAGGGCGACAGAUGCAAGUACUCCGAGUGCCGCGGCCGUGGCUGCAACCAAAAGGUCGUCUGCUACGACGGCGAAUGCGCACCCCAGGCCUGCCACGGAGACGAGUGCAACAAGAAGCUCGUCUGCGAGGGCGGCCGCUGCGAGCACCGGCCCUGCCAAGGCGACGACUGUCACAAGAUGUGGACGUGCGACGACGGCAAGUGCGAGCCUGCUCCGGCUCCUCCUGCUCCUCCUGCUCCUCCUGCUCCUCCUGCUCCUCCCGUCAAGCCUGCCUCUGCCUCGCCAGCCUCUGCCUCGCCCGGCGCCGGCCCAUCCAAAGAGUCCGACUCGCGCACGCCGCCGCACCACGGUGAGUCUGGAAAGCCCUCGGGUCCCGGCCGUCCCGAGCGCGGCCACGAGGCAGACGCCGGACACGCCCAACGACCCAGCAGCAGCAAGCCUGCUGGUGACGGCAAAACCGCCCCCAGACCCCUCGACAACGGAGGACCUGCCGAGCACGACGACGACGCCACGCCCAGCAGCAGCAGCAACAAUAACAAUCCAGACGUCGACCACGACGACCACGCCGUCAAGCCCGGCAGCAGCAGCGGCAGCAAGAACAAUCCAGACGUCGGCCACGACGACCACGCCGUCAAGCCAGACGUCGACCACCACCACGACCAUCUCGCCAGGCCCACCCUCACCACCACCAACACCAACACCAACACCAACAACGCAGGCGACGCCCCAGACAGACGUCCCGGACACGCCAACAACAUGUCGCCCAUGGUCGCGGCUGGAACCCGCGACCGCGACGCAGCCAGCCUGAACCGUCUGGCCGCCGCCGCCGCCGCCGCCCUAGGGCUCGCCCUUAUCAUGUAG